UUUCGUUUUCCACCAUAAUUGAUUCAUGAGAGAGGGGAAAAUGACUUCUUUACUGAAGAAGAAGAAAUCCAGUUUAAUUAUUCAACUUUCAAAAGCAAAUCUCUCUUUAUUUAUCUCCGUUGUUCACAAAUCAUCAACCCCAUUUCCUCUAACCUCUGAAAUCGACAGAAUCACUAGAAUAAUCAACGACCAUCCCUUCCCUGAGGAACCACUCGAACCGACCCUUCUCCGGCAAAUCCCACCGGUUUCCCUUUCUCCACCUUUCGUUGAAAACGUUCUCGGUCGACUCUUUUCGGCACAUUCAAAUGGAUUAAAAGCCUUGGAGUUCUUCAAUUAUUCAAUCCACCAUUCCCAGCUCGCUCCCAGCGUGGAUGCUUUCGAGAAAACGCUCCAUAUCCUCACACGGAUGCGCUAUUUCGAUAAAGCUUGGGAAUUGAUGAUGGAUAUGAAGCGUUCCCAUCCUUCCCUGCUUACCCUAAAAUCGAUGAGCAUUAUGUUAAGCAAAAUUGCUAAAUUCCAAUCAUAUGAAGAUACCCUCGAAGCAUUCAAGAGGAUGGAGACUGAGGUUUUUCCCGGAAAGGAUUUUGGUGCCGAUGAGUUCAAUGUUAUGCUUCGAGCAUUUUGCUCCGAAAGGGAGAUGAAAGAGGCCAGAUCGGUUUUCAGGAAGAUGCAUUAUCGGUUUCCGACUAAUACUAAGACCAUGAAUAUUUUGCUCUUGGGAUUCAAGGAAUCGGGUGAUGUUACUGCAAUGGAACUAUUUUACCACGAGAUGGUUCGAAGAGGUUUUAAUCCGAACGGUAUGACGUACAACAUUCGAAUCGAUGCUUACUGUAAGAAGGGAUGUUUGGGGGAUGGUCUGCGGCUUCUUGAAGAAAUGGAACGCCUCCAUUGCCUGCCUACACUCGAGACAAUCACUACUCUGAUUCAUGGGGCUGGUGUUGCUAGAAAUAUUCCGAAGGCGAGGCAGCUGUUCGAUGAAAUUCCUAAGAGAAACUUACAUCAUGAUACUGGAGCUUAUAAUGCCAUGAUCAGUUCCCUUAUUAGGUCCAGAGAUAUAAAUUCCGCAAUCGAAUUGAUGGAAGAGAUGGACCGAAAGCAGAUCGAGUGUGACGGCAUUACCUAUCAUACUAUGUUUUUAGGAACAAUGAAGUCAAGUGGCAUCGAGGGUGUUUGCGAGCUUUACGAUAAAAUGACAGAGAGAAAUUUCGUUCCCAAGACCCGGACAGUGGUGAUGCUAAUGAAGUUCUUUUGUGAAAACCAGCAUCUGCAACAGGGUUUACAUUUGUGGGAUUAUUUAGUGCAGAAAGGGCAGUGUCCUCAUAGCCACGCACUGGAUCUUCUGGUGACGGGAUUGUGCUCCCGACGACGGUUACGAGAAGCAUAUCGAUGCUGCAAACAAAUGUUGGAGAGAGGAAGGCAUAUGAGUGAAAGGGUUUAUCAAAUGAUGCAGAGAAAUUUAAGGCAAUACUAUGAAACGGACAAGUUGAUGGAGCUGGACAGGAUGAUAUCGAAACUGCAAUCUGUUCUGCCUCAAUCUGCCAAGAAAGAAACCUAUUAGUUCCACAAGCUGAAUUAUGGAAGGAACAAUGUUUCUUGCAAAAUAUAUCGAAGUUGGGUUCGUUUUCUUUUAUGUUACCAGGGUUUAACACCUCUGCAACUAAGAGUUGAGGU